CCGGCGUUGCCAUGGCGGCGUCUCUAGGACAGGUGCUGGCUCUGGUGCUGGUGGCCGCCUUGUGGGGUGGCACACAGCCGCUGCUGAAGCGGGCCUCCUCUCGCCUGCAGCAGGUUCGUGAGCGGACCUGGGCUCGGCAGUUGCUGCAGGAGAUGAAGACCCUCUUCUUGAAUACUGAGUACUUGAUGCCCUUUUUCCUCAACCAGUGUGGCUCCCUUCUCUACUACCUCACCUUGGCGUCAGCAGAUCUGACCCUAGCCGUGCCCAUCAGUAACUCUCUGGCCAUUGUCUUCACACUGAUUGUCGGGAAGUUCCUUGGAGAGGAUAUUGGUGGAAAAGGAGCAUUCACAGGCAUGGUGCUCACCGUGGUGGGGAUUGCACUCUGCGUCACGAGCUCCGUGAGCAAGACCCAGGAGCAGCUGUCUGCCCUUUGAGGGGACCCACACCACCCUCCAGCCCUGUUGUGUCCAGGAAGCCCCUGAUCUGGGAGGUACAGCCAGGGAAGCAGACGGACCCAGCACCUCCCGCUCUGAGCCUCAACGCCCUUACCUCUUACGGGGCUGGUAGCUACCUCGAGGUGGCUCUAGCAGGAGAACCGCAGUGAAAGAGCUGUUCGGCUGCUUGGAUUUGCCACCAGAGACCUCAUACCUCCCCAGCAACCCCUUUGCCGCAGCAGCUCUCCCGGUGCUGUCGUGUCAGGCCCCCAGCCCAGUCACUGUCACUACAGCCUGAUCCAGACUGUUCCAGCAGCAGGGUCCACGGACAGCGUGGAGACGGCCACCGGCUGAGAUGCAAACAGGAGGCAUCAGGGCUGUCAGCGGCCUUGGCUGGCCAAGGCGGGGACCCAAGGGGAAGAAGGGACAACAGAACGGCAGGUGUGGAGGACACGAGCAGCCUGUGGCCUGGCUUGGCCCACCUAGGAGGUGGGUGGGAGCCCUCAACCGCCUGCCCCCCUCAGACAGACAGCCUGAGGCCCCUGCCCCGCGUCACUUCUGCCAUGUGUCAUGGUGACUGGUGAGGGGUAGCCUCAAAUAAAUCUGCACGGAAUGGAUGGAG